AUUUUUAAUACAAAACAACGCAAUCAUCAUAAAAAUGCAUUUAUACCCUAUUUAUAAAUUUUUUAUAUAUUUAUAACAAUCAAGGCACAUAUAUUUAGGUUAAAAAAUGAUUUGCUGUUUUAGUAUAUUGAAUUAAUGCAUUCCAAUAACUCACUUUCAAAAUCACAAAAUAAAGAAAUUUUGCUGGAAGUAAAAGUAGAUAUGGGGAGAGAUGAAAAUACACAACAAAUUAAUCAAGGAACAUCAGAUUUUUUCUCUCAUGAUGAAGAAUCUAGUUUAUCAACAGUUAAUUCUGAUCAAUCUGAUUCGGAAUCUAUUCAAUUUUCUUCUACAUCAUAUUCCUGUUGUAGUCAAUGUUCAUGCACAACUAUUUCUUGUUUUGAGACUAGUGAUUCAGAUAUGGAUGAUACAUUUUCAGACCUCACUAAUGUUUCACCACUACCUCCUUCAUGCCUUUCACCAUUAUUACCAUCAAGGAAAGAUAGUAUUGUAAUCAAUGAGAUAUCAAAACUUCCACCAAAAAAUGGGGAAAAAUUACCAAAAUUUUCAUAUAACAAUAUAGAUAUGGAUUCACUGAUUAAAGCUUUGCUAAAAUUAAGUCUCGAAGCUAAGGAAAGAGAUAAGACUAUUUUAGAUAAACAAUCUAAUUAUUCUAAGAUGAUUGGAUUCAAAGUGCUAAAGCCUUGUUGUCGUCAUAUUUUACCAUUUUAUUAUCAUCAUUUUGACAAAAGACAUUCCUCUAAUAAGAAGAAAAAGGAGGAUAAAAUAAUAUUGAAAUCUUCCAAAUCUCAUCAUUAUUCAACCUGUAUCUUACUAAGAUUUGACAAAAAGAAAUGCAUACACGCUAAAAAUAAUGCUAAAUUAUUCUCUAAAACUGCUCGUAAGUUGGCCCGGCAUCGCUCCGUCAAAUGCGGUUGUCGCGUGAUUCGGGGCGAUGACGACAGCGAUGCGCCCGAGGAUAAAUCCCCUCGCUUUUGCGAUCGUCGUUUUCAAAGGCCUGGGCCAAAGGGGGAAAACAAUUUCGCCAUCUAUUACGCACUCAAGAGAUUGAUCGUUGAUGGCAACAACAUAGCAACCAAGCACAGGACUUUACGCCGCAAUACCGAAUCUCGUGAUCUGGACACCUACUAUCAUCCCUUUUUACGAGAUGGCAGCAAUGGAAUUCGAAAAAUUUUGGUUAACGAUAAAAAGCUAUCCACUCCGCUAUCCUGCAAAAGUUAUAUUAAAAAAAAGUUCGUCAAAUCUUAUUCCGAUUAAAAAUUUGCUACAAUACAAUAUAUAUUUUUUUUUAAUUUAUCGCAUUCAUUAUUUCGAUUUUUUUAUAUACCGAAAAGAUAUCACCCUUUUAUAUUAUAUUUUAAAUCUACUUGAAUUUUGACAUGUUUAAAAUCGCCUUCUCUUUUUUUUCUGCGGGGAAUAAUGACAUUAUUAUGUUUUUUCCCACUCCUUUUUAAAAAAAAAUCAUUUGUUAUAAUUGCUAAGGAGAAGAUAAUGAUUAUUAUAGUAAUUUCUAAACCAAAGUUGAGAUUUUAUUUUUUCACGCUAACACACCUUUUUUUUUCUCUCUAAGAGAAGAAUUAUUUACUGCCUCUAAGAUUUAACUACCAACCAUAAUUAUUAUCAACAAGUAUACAUUUAUAAUUGUUUUUUUUAAUGUGAAAUUCGCAAUUUUUUUAUUAUAUACACCUUUUAAAUAUAAUGUAUGACAAAAGAAAAGGGCGGCCCUAAAUUUUUCGAAUUAAAAAUAAAAUCAAACUUAAAAUUUAAAAAAAAACACUAUUAUAUUUGUUUUUUUGUAGAAAAUAAAUGAUAAGUAAAAUAAUAAUGAAUUUUGUUUUAUUGCAAUUUGUUAUAACUUUGAUUUUGAUUGAUAUAAAUUUUAUAUAAAUCUUUUGCAUAACAUUCAUUCAAUCACAUAUAAUCGAAUCUUACAUGUUUAUUUUCAUACCUUAUUUUUUUUAAAAAUUUUAUUUAUUUUAAUAUUUAUAUUUUUCAUUAUCAAAUAAAAAAAUUUGAAGAAAUAUAUAAUGUUUUAUGACCAAUCAGAAUGAUUAUUUGUAAAUAUGUUUUAUCAAAUGCAAUUAGUUGCCCGAAUUCAUAUUGUGAAUUAAUUCUUCCCGACCAAUAACAAUCCUUCAUUGUUAUGGCGCGCUCCUUUCUUUAAAUUGUUAUGGCGCGCUCCUUUCUUUAAAACAACCCAUACCUUAUAUCCAUUUAACCUAUUCGUUUAAAGAAAAUGUAAUUCGUUUUAUUUAAUUUUUUUACGAGAUUUUAUAUAUAAAUAUUGUUUUUUUUUACAUUUAUAUACAAAAAAUCAUUUUUUCUUUUUAAAAAAUCAAGGCCGACGCCAUCUUAAAUGUAAUAUUUAUUGUUUUCAUGAAAUAUAAUAUAGUGAGAUAAUAUUUGAAAUGCCAAGGUUUUAAAAAUAAAAA